GCCUCAGCGUUCAGCCAUGACGGACACGGUCGUUGGCAACAGCACUGGUCAAUGGAUGUAUCAGAAUGAUAGACAGAUGGCACUUCGGGGCGGUGGAAAAGAACAAGCCCCCGGCAGCUGGUCAGCUCACGGGACCCAGCCAGACCGAGGGAGGAAGAACGAAGAGCUGACGGAUGAGGAGAAGGAGAUCAUCAACCGGGUCAUUGCUCGUGCCGAGAAGAUGGAAGAGUUGGAGCAGGAACGCAUUGGGCGUCUCAUGAACCGCCUGGAAGACAUGCGCCGAAACGUGGCUGGUGAUGGGGUCAACCGCUGCAUCUUGUGUGGCGAACAGCUGGGGCGCCUGGGGUCAGCCUGCGUGGUGUGCGAAGAUUGCAAAAAGAAUGUCUGCACUAAAUGCGGCACCCAGACCAACAACAACCGGCCUCACUCCAUCUGGUUGUGUAAGAUCUGCAGCGAACAGAGAGAGGUAUGGAAGCGCUCUGGGGCAUGGUUCUUCAAGGGGGUGCCGAAGCAAAUGCUCCCCGAACCAAUGCCCAUUAGCAAGAGCAAACAGCAGCCGCUGCCCAGCGAAGCAGCCGCACCUGCUCAGGACUCGAAGCCGUAUCCUCGCCAGCAGAAUCGCGGUCAAGCUGAAGCAGCUGCCCCCGUUGAACAGGAAUCCUACGGCGCUGAGCCAACCACAGCUGCUUCCAGUCGGAGAAAUUAUCCACAAAUUAGCCGCAAACCUUCCGAGGCCAAGAUGGGGCCUGGUGGCAGCGAAUAUAUUAGUGAGGACAACCAGAACUGGGAACACACUAGAGGGAAUGAAGCCGGUCAAAGCCCUGGAGGUGUGAAGCAACCCACUUCUGCCCAGGCUGCAGGUGCUAGGCCUCUGGCUUCUAACCAGAAUCCACCUGCCCAGGUGGCAGAACAAGGCCCAGCUGCUGUGGGGAGGCCAGGGACAGGCCCUGGAGGUCGCUUUCCAGAAAGACAAGGAAGUCUUUCAAUGGCUCCGCCCCAAGUGGAUCCCCCCUAUUCUGCUGCUGGGACAUCCAGGGAUGAGAAAGCCGCCUCCGGAUAUCCGUCACCCGCGGGGGAGAGACCUAUGCGCCAGAUGGCUCCCUACAGCCAAACCGGUGCCCCUCCUGCUGCACCUGCACCCCAACGGCAGCCUCCUCAAGAGGAGGAGGAAGACGAGGCCAACAGCUACGACUCUGAUGAAGCAACUACUCUUGGUGCUCUGGAAUUCAGCCUUUUGUACGACCAGGAGAACAGCUCUUUGCAAUGCACCCUCAUCAAGGCAAAGGGCUUGAAGCCGAUGGACUCCAAUGGGUUGGCAGACCCUUAUGUGAAGCUACACCUUCUGCCAGGGGCCAGUAAGUCAAACAAGCUGAGGACCAAGACUUUGAGAAACACCCGGAACCCUGCAUGGAAUGAGACCCUGGUGUACCAUGGCAUCACGGACGAGGACAUGCAGAGGAAGACAUUGAGGAUCUCUGUGUGCGACGAGGACAAAUUUGGCCACAACGAGUUCAUAGGUGAGACGAGGGUGGCCCUGAAGAAAGUGAAGGCCAACCAGAAGAAGAAUUUCAACAUCUGUCUGGAAAGAGUCAUCCCGAUGAAGCGUGGAGGUACAACUGGAUCAUCAAGAGGAAUGGCAUUGUACGAAGAUGAGAUGGGCCAAGCGGGCGACGUGGAGGAACGGGGCAAAAUCUUGGUGUCCCUCAUGUACAGCACCCCGAAAGGAGGCCUCGUCGUCGGCAUCGUGCGUUGUGUCCACUUAGCGGCCAUGGAUGCCAACGGAUACUCUGACCCCUUUGUGAAAAUAUGCUUAAAGCCGGACAUGGGGAAGAAAGCGAAACAGAAGACGCAGAUUAAAAAGAAGACGUUGAACCCGGAGUUUAAUGAGGAGUUUUUCUACGAUAUCAAACACAGCGACCUAGCCAAGAAGCAGCUCGACAUAUCGGUUUGGGACUACGACAUUGGAAAAUCCAAUGAUUAUAUUGGUGGGUGCCAGCUGGGCAUCACAGCCAAAGGCGAGCGCUUGAAACACUGGUACGAGUGUCUGAAGAACAAGGACAAGAAGAUUGAGCGCUGGCACGCCUUACAGAAUGAGAACCAUGUGGCCAGCGAUUAGGAGAAACCGCCCCCCAUCC